GCCACCCACAACCUUGGUGGGUGGUCCUGCCCUACGGAUACACCGUGGCACACCCUCCGUCGCGCCUAUUCUCCUUCAUGCACGUCCAAGAUCAUUUCCACCCGACGGAAGGCAACACACCUCGCGCGCACUGGAAGUGGAAGGUGGGCUCAGGAACGUCGGGUGGGUUUUCCACCAUGUACGUUCCACCAUGUACGUUCCGCUAUAUACGCCCGCCCGUCUCUCGCCUCGUGCUUACAUGUCCUGCCUCCUACUUAAAACCACCCCGCCUCCCCCUCAUGGGACGUCCCUUCGACCUAACUCGUCAUGACUUCUGAAUAUUUUUACUACGACGAGGUUACCAACUACCUGUUGGCCAACCAUCCCAUCGAUAUUCCUUACUAUUCUCUGCCCCCCAAUGUCGAAGACGUCGGUACGCUCAUGGGUAUGGUUCCUCCUGGAUACGGGCCGUCAGAGAUGGCUCCGUACUUGAUCGAUGACCCUGGGCUGUAUAACGACCCCUCCUACCCCAACCCUAACAGCGGCCCGUACACAGAAGGAUUGGAGUACGACCUACAAUACGCCUCGGAAGCGGAGCAACUGGCGUCCGCGUCGCAUCAGCAAUCAGCCGAUGUUGAAGCACCUCCUGAUGCCGGGAACGGUCAUACUGACCAUACAUCCAGUGAGCCCGGGCCAGCGCACGCGCACGACGACCAAGCAUCGACUGUCGCGGGAGGCGUGAUCGCGGCGAUGCCUGCCAUAUGCCAUUUCGGUGGACUGUGCGGCUCUCUGGACUCGGACGUACUGCUGAAGAAGACCGCGGGCGUGGAGAAACACCUCCUGGAGUGCCACUGGGCAACAUCCGCGCUCAGCACGAUGAAGGACCGUUAUGGGAAGUUCAUCUGCCAGUGGGACGAUGGGCACGGUCGGUGCGGAAAGGACGUCAGUGACCGGCGGCAGAUGGCAAAGCAUAUCGCCACCGUCCACUAUCAGCUCUUCAAGACUUGGUGCGGAGGUUGCGAGAAGGAGUUCUCCAGGAUAGACAGUCUUAGGCGCCACGAGCGGGAGGGCCGGUGUCUCCGUGGCCAGGUGAGUGGUUGCCCCGCCGAUGAUCGUCGAUGAGUGCUGAGCAGCUCGGCGCAGGGUUCAUCUGCAACCUCAGUCCUAGCGCGCGGGUCGUCGCAGUCCAAGAGGAAGAAACUCGAAGUUG